CGCUGGUAAACACUGACACACUACCAGCUGCUGCUAGGACGCUGCUGCUGCUAGGACGCUGGUGCUAGGACGCUGCUGCUGCUAGGACACUGGUGCUAGGACACUGGUGCUAAGACGCUGCUGCUGCUAGGACACUGCUGCUGCUAGGACAUUGGUGAUGCUAGGACACUGGUGCUAGGACGCUGCUGCUAGGACGCUGCUGCUAGGACGCUGCUGCUAGGACACUGGUGCUAGGACACUGGUGCUAGGACACUGGUGCUAGGACACUGCUGCUAGGACACUACUACCAACAGUCUUAACUUCACACUGUGACACUUCCAGGUCUCCCUCAACAUUCACUUUUUCAACUUUAGCGGGCUUCACACAUUCGUGAAUUCCCAGCCGCCAAAUCAUAUUUAAGUUUCCCACCACCUGCGCAUCCCUACUACCCUCCCCCCGACCCCAGCAACUGGCAGCCAGCCUGCUACUCAGUGUGCAACACUGGUAUGCCAAAUGGGGGACAUGAUUGCUGGGCAGAUACAAGACAUGGUAAUUAAAAGAUCAAAACACAAUUCACAAACACUGCUAGCUUGUAGGAGAGAAGUGGAACUGGACACGUAUGAACGAAUGCUGGGAUGUUGGUGUCAGGAGUGUUGAGGGGUGGCAGGGGAUGGCAGAGGGGUCUUCCCUGCUGACCCACAACAAGGCUGCUGCUUGAGAAGUAUUUUGUGGAACACUACCAGGCUGUAUCUUCCCAGACAAUAUAUCUUCAGUAGUUCAAGAAGCACCAGUGUUAAGUGUCUUCAACAACAACUGAUAUUGCAGAAGUGUUGUGUGGAACACUACCAGGCUGUAUCUUCCCAGACAAUAUAUCUUCAGUACUUCAAGAAGUAUCAGUGUGUCUUCAACAACAACUGAUAUUGCAGAAGUGUUUUGUGGAACACUACCAGGCUGUAUCUUCCCAGACACUAUAUCUUUUUUACUAUAAGAAAGGCAACACUUGUGAUUCUUAUGAAGUUUUAGCUGGCCAGAUAUUACUAAUUAUAACAAGUUUGUUUUCAUAAUUAAAAUUCAAUAAAAAAAUUGCAUGGCAAUUCACCAAAAAAUACAAUUUAGUAAUAUUAUAGUUAAAAUUAAAAAAAUCUGUUUUUAAACACAAGAGAAAAGAAUAAAAAUAUUCUUCUGUAUAUAUUCAGUGUUUUAGUACAUAUAUAGUGUUGUAAUACAUUAGUACAGUGUUGUAGUACAUAUAUACAGUGUUGUAGUAUGUAUAUUAGUCUUCUAACACAAAAAAAAUCAUAGUCUUUAAAGAUGAAAAUAAACUUUAUUAGUGCUCAUUGGUAGAAAAAGUUUACCAAAAAGACUAAAUCUUGAAAUACACUUGAGAGUACAUAAGAAAGAUUAACUAUACCAAUGUUGAAUGACUAAAAUAUUUUAAAAUGAAGUAAAAUAUGCAGAAACAUAAACCAUUUCAUUGUUCAGAGUGUCAGAAAUGUUUUACUGUAAAAAGCAGUCUUGUGGCACAUAUGCGAAUACAUACAGGACAUAAACCAUUUCAGUGUUCAGAAUGUCUGAAAUGUUUUACUGUAAAAAGCCAUCUUGUGAAACAUACACGUGUACAUACAGGAGAUAAACCAUUUCAGUGUUCUGAAUGUCUGAAAUGUUUUACUGAAAAAGGCAGCCUUGUGACACAUAUGCGAAUACACACAGGACAUAAACCAUUUCAGUGUUCAGAAUGUCUGAAAUGUUUUACUCAAAAAGACCAGCUUGUGUCACAUAUGCGAAUACAUACAGGAGAUAAACCAUUUCAGUGUUUAGAAUGUCUGAAAUGUUUUACUGAAAAAGGCCAUCUUGUGUCACACAUGCGAAUACAUACAGGAGAUAAGCCAUUUCAGUGUUCAAAUUGUCUCAGAUGUUUUAGUCGAAAACACAGUCUUGUGAGGCAUAUGCGAGUACAUACAGGAGAUAAACCUUUUCAAUGUUCAGAAUGCCUGAAAUGUUUUACUCACAAAGGCCAUCUUGUGUCACACUUGCGAGUACAUAGAGGAGAUAAACCAUUUCAAUGUUCAGAAUGUCUGAAAUGUUAUACUCUAAAAAGCACUCUUGUGAUACAUAUGCGAGUACAUACAGGAGAUAAACCAUUUCAGUGUUCAGAAUGUCUGAAAUGUUUUACUCAAAAAAGCCAUCUUCUGACACAUGUACGAAUACAUGCAGUAGAUAAACCUUUUCAGUGUUCCGAAUGUCUGAAAUGUUUUACUCACAAAGGCUAUCUUGUGUCACAUAUGCGAAUACAUACAGGAGAUAAACCAUUUCAGUGUUCAGAAUGCCUGAAAUGUUUUACUCUCAAAGGCCAUCUUGUAUCACAUAUGCGAGUACAUACGGGAGAUAAACCAUUUCAGUGUUCAGAAUGUCAGAAGUGUUUUUCUGAAAAAGGCCAUCUUGUGACACAUAUGCGAAUACAUACAGGCGAUAAACCAUUUCACUGUUCAGAAUGUCUGAAAUGUUAUACUCACAAAUGCCAUCUUGUGUCACAUAUGCGAGUACAUACAGGAGAUAAACCUUUUCAGUGUUCAGAAUGUCCGAAAUGUUAUACUGUAAAACACAGUCUUGUGAUACAUAUGCGAGUACAUACAGGAGAUAAACCAUUCCAGUGUUCAGCAUGUCUGAAAUGUUUUACUCAAAAAAGCCAUCUUGUGUCACAUAUACAAAUACAUACAAGAGAUACAGUGGAACCUCGGUACUCGACCCAAAACCUUUCAGGGUCUGUGCCAUAGAACUCCGCCAAAAUUCUAGCGGCCUCAGAUUUAGCACGAGAAGGCUGGUAGGCAUACAUCUAUGAGAAUGGGUCUGUGAGGUCAGUGUGCACAGUAUAUAGAAAAUCUGGGCACCCACAUGGCAUUGUGGGAAUGCCACCUCAAUAUGCUUUGUUUACCAUGCCUCCUGGCAAUGCAGCUCUCACUCCAAGGCAAAUUGGGGCUCUCCUCUUCCUAACUGAUAGUUCUGGCACUGAUGGAAGUGGAUCUGAAGAGGAAUUCUAUGGUUUUGGUCAAUUUGUGACCCAAAGCAGUGAACAAGAUAUUGAAAAUAGUGCUAAAAAUCUUGAUGACCCUCAACCUUCCACCUUGGGUGCUGGUGUGUCUCAGUCACGUUCAGCUGUACCGUAUUGCAAAAGAAAACUAAUGUUUUCACAUGGCCAGACCUUGGGCAUGAGUAAUGGUGAUUGUGAUGUGGACUUUAAUUUUAUUGCUCUUGAUGACCAUUUGAGUAGUGCUAGUAAUGAAUCAUAUUCACCAGUGAAGCGUCAGUAUGUUUGCCACCACAUGUGCUCGGGUAGUGUACCAUAUGCAAUUCCAAAGGGACGGGGUACAUCCUGUAGUACAUCCCAUGGCCCUGAACCUGGAAUAGACAGUGAAAGUGAGGAUGAUAUGGCUACAGUUGGUAUGGAUAAACCACAGGCAUCAGUAGGUGGUGGUAAUGGUGAUGCCAUGGACACACAGCAUGACGUACCAGCCCAGGCCGAGACCCACAUGGCUGACUCAUCAGAUCCAGGACAAAGUGGAGUGUCAACCACCCUCCCCACCACAACCACAACUAGCUUAUCUUAUCCAGUAUCCACCAGCAAACUGCAUCUGGGAUUGGCAGCAAAAUCCCACUUUUGUUCCCAAUCCCCAUCAGUUUGAUGACAGUGCAAAUGAACUGGAAUUCCUUGAACCAUUCUUCAACAAGCACUUGAUGGAAAAUAUAGUCAGGGAAAGUAACAAGUACAGUGGACCCCUGCCUUUUGGCGGCUGCGACUUUUGUGAAAUCCGACUUUCUGCAAAAUUUUUUGGAAAAUAUAGCCUUGUGGUUCAUGAUUGGCCUUGUGAUUCAGUGACCAUCUGGUAUGCGUCCAAGCAAGUGGCAUCCCAGCAUCAGUUCACACACAAAGCCAGUCUCCCACACCAUUCACACUCGGUGUGCCAUUGUUUAUCAGCGAGUGACCAUCACCCCAUGGGUUCAUACAAUACAUUUCAUAAUAAUUGAUUGUUUUUUGUGCUUGCAACUGCUAAAUAAGCCACCAUGGGCCAAAAGAAAGCUCCUGGUGCCUGGCCUUUAGUUAUGAAGGAAAGAAACGUGAUAGAAUACAAGGAAAAAACUCGUAGCCAAGUACCAAAGUGGAGGAUGGAAAGAGAGGGAAGAAUGUGCCUUCAGUGAUUUAGUGAUUCUAUGAUAUGUACAAUACUAAAGCAGCAGAUAUUGAUAAAGGUUAUUGCGCCACUCAGUAAUAAAGUGUAGCAUUAACAGUGUAGAAAGUAAGUUAAGCAUUUAAGUAAUAGAAAAAUAACAUGAAAGUAACUCUCCAAUGUUAUUGGAGGUGUAUAGAGCCACUGAUCAUACACUGCCCUUUUAUCUUCCACCACCCUAAACCUCUGCCAGAAUCUCCUCCAUCAAACUAAUCAACCACAACUAGCUUAUCUUAUCCAGUAUCCACCAGCAAACUGCAUCUGGGAUUGGCAGCAAAAUCCCAUUUUGUUCCCAAUCCCCAUCAGUUUGAUGACAGUGCAAAUGAACUGGAAUUCCUUGAACCAUUCUUCAACAAGCACUUGAUGGAAAAUAUAGUCAGGGAAAGUAACAAGUACAGUGGACCCCUGCCUUUUGGCGGCUGCGACUUUUGUGAAAUCCGACUUUCUGCAAAAUUUUUUGGAAAGUAUAGCCUUGUGGUUCAUGAUUGGCCUUGUGAUUCAGUGACCAUCUGGUAUGCGUCCAAGCAAGUGGCAUCCCAGCAUCAGUUCACACACAAAGCCAGUCUCCCACACCAUUCACACUCGGUGUGCCAUUGUUUAUCAGCGAGUGACCAUCACCCCAUGGGUUCAUACAAUACAUUUCAUAAUAAUUGAUUGUUUUUUGUGCUUGCAACUGCUAAAUAAGCCACCAUGGGCCAAAAGAAAGCUCCUGGUGCUUGGCCUUUAGUUAUGAAGGAAAGAAACGUGAUAGAAUACAAGGAAAAAACUCGUAGCCAAGUACCAAAGUGGAGGAUGGAAAGAGAGGGAAGAAUGUGCCUUCAGUGAUUUAGUGAUUCUAUGAUAUGUACAAUACUAAAGCAGCAGAUAUUGAUAAAGGUUAUUGCGCCACUCAGUGGCGCAAUAACAGUGUAGAAAGUAAGUUAAGCAUUUAAGUAAUAGAAAAAUAACAUGAAAGUAACUCUCCAAUGUUAUUGGAGGUGUAUAGAGCCACUGAUCAUACACUGCCCUUUUAUCUUCCACCACCCUAAACCUCUGCCAGAAUCUCCUCCAUCAAACUAAUCAAACUAACAUCUCCUCCAAGGUAAGUGUAAAUAUUUCUUAUUUAUAAAUUACAUACAUUGUUUUAGUGUGGAUAGUGUUGGUGGCUUUAACUAGCACCUCCACUACCACUAAUUUGUAUGGCUUCUCUCAGUGGCCCUUAUAAACCCAACAACACCACCACCACUUACUCCUCACAUAUGUUAUGACAUAUUUUAUUCAUUGUAGAGUAUAUAUCACAUUUCUAUGUUAUUAAUAUUCUUUAUUAUGUCAUAUUAGAUGAAUUGUGAUAGAAAAAUAAGCCGUAGAGAUGAUAUUAGCAUCAUAUUAAAGCAUAAUAACUCGCUUCCCUCUCUCCCCUCUCCUACCUGUCUGCUAUGCACCAACAAGAUUCUCCAGUAAAGGUAAGUGUGAUGUUAAAUGUUCAUUUAUCCAUUUUAUUAGUGUUUUAUCUUCAUUUGUCAUUGCUUUCUGUAUUAUUUUUAUUAUUAUCACACUGGCCGAUUCCCACCAAGGCAGGGUGGCCUGAAAAAGAAAAACUUUCACCAUCAUUCACUCCAUCACUGUCUUGCCAGAAGGGUGCUUUACACUACAGUUUUUAAAUUGCAACAUUAACACCCCUCCUUCAGAGUGCAGGCACUGUACAGUGGACCCUCGACUAACGCUAUUAAUCCGUUCCUGAGAGCUCAUCGUUAGUCAAAAUAAUCAUUAGUCAAGUUAAUUUUCCCCAUAAGAAAUAAUGGAAAUCAAAUUAAUCCGUGCAAGACACCCAAAAGUAUUGAAAAAAAAAAUUUAACACAUGAAAUAUUAAUUUUAAUACACACAAACUGAAGAAGACAUGCACAGUUACAUGGCACUUACCUUUAUUGAAGAUCUGGUGAUGAUUGAUGGGAUGGGAAGAGGGGAGUGUGUUGAUGGUCUUAGUGUUUAGAAGGGGAAUCCCCUUCCAUUAGGACUUGAGGUGGCAAGUCCUUUUUCGGGGUUACGUCCCUUCUUCUUUUAAUGCCACUAGGACCAGCUUGAGAGUCACUGGACCUCUGCCGCACAACAUAUCUGCCCAUAGAGGCCUGUACCUCCCGUUCCUUUAUGACAUUCCUAAAGUGUUUCACAACAUUGUCAGUGUCACCAUUAAACACUUGUUCAGGUUUCAGUCCUUCACUGUCUAUGUACCCCUUGAAUUCCUGCACAUAUUUUUCAGCUGCUUUUUGGUCCAAACUGGCAGCCUCAUCAUGCCUUAUCACACUAUGUAUGCCACUACGAUUCUUAAAUCUCUCAAACCAACCUUUGCUCGCCUUAAAUUCACUCACAUCACCACUAGUUGCUGGCAUUUUUCUAAUUAAAUCGUCAUGCAACUUCCUAGCCCUUUCACAUAUGAACGCUUGAGAGAUGCUAUCUCCUGCUAUCUGUUUUUCGUUUAUCCAUACCAAUAAUAGUCUCUCAACAUCUUCUAUCACUUCCGAUCUCAGUUUCGAAAACAUAGUUGCACCUUUGGCAAGAACAGCUUCCUUGAUUGCCGUUUUCUUGGCCACAAUAGUAGCGAUGGUUGAUUGGGGUUUUGUGUACAGCUUGGCCAGCUCGGAGACAUGCACUCCACUUUCAUACUUAGCAAUGAUCUCUUUCUUCAUAUCCAUAGUAAUUCUCACCCUUUUUGCUGUAGGGUUGGCACUAGAAGCUUUCCUGGGGCCCAUGGUGACUUAUUUUGCAGGUGCAAUCACUAAAAAGGCUGUGAUAAUAUGAAAUGUUCUGAUUGUAUGCUUGGAAGCGACCGCGGUGGCUGGCUGGCUUGUAAACACUGGCCAGAAGUGGACGCAUUUCAGACGGAACGAAUAGUGUUGGUCGAGUUUUUUAGAGCUAAUCGAGGCAAAAUUUUUGCGAUAAAAUGUAUCGCUAGUCAGAUUUAUCGUUAAUCGAUGCCAUUGCUGGUCGAGGGUCCACUGUACUUCCCAUCUCCAGGACUCAAGUCCGGCCCGCUGGUUUCCCUGAACCCCUUCAUAAAUGUUACUUUGCUCACACUCCAACAGCACAUCAAGUAUUAAAAACCAUUUGUCUCCAUUCACUCCUAUCAAACACGUUCACACAUGCCUGCUGGAAGUCCAAGCCCAUCGCACACAAAACCUCCUUUACCCCCUCCCUCCAACCUUUCCUAGGCCGACCCCUACCCCGCCUUCCUUCCACUACAGACUGAUACACUCUUGAAGUCACUCUGUUUUGCUCCAUUCUCUCUACAUGUCCGAACCACCUCAACAACCCUUCCUCAGCCCUCUGGACAACAGUUUUGGUAAUCCCGCACCUACUCCUAACUUCCAAACUACGAAUUCUCUGCAUUAUAUUCACACCACACAUUGCCCUCAGACAUGACAUCUCCAUUGCCUCCAGCCUUCUCCUCGCUGCAACAUUCAUCACCCAUGCUUCACACCCAUAUAAGAGCAUUGGUAAAACUAUACUCUCAUACAUUCCCCUCUUUGCCUCCAAUGACAAAGUUCUUUGUCUCCAAAGACUCCUAAAUGAACCACUCACCCUUUUCCCCUCAUCAAUUCUAUGAUUCACCUCAUCUUUCAUAGACCCAUCCACUGACACGUCCACUCCCAAAUAUCUGAAUACAUUCACCUCCUCCAUACUCUCUCCCUCCAAUCUGAUAUCCAAUCUUUCAUCACCUAAUCUUUUUGUUAUCCUCAUAACCUUACACUUUCCUGUAUUCACUUUUAAUUUUCUUCUUUGGCACACCCUACCAAAUUCAUCCACCAAUCUCUGCAACUUCUCUUCAGAAUCUCCCAAGAGCACAGUGUCAUCAGCAAAGAGCAACUGUGACAACUCCCACUUUAUGUGUGAUUCUUUAUCUUUUAACUCCACGCCUCUUGCCAAGACCCUCACAUUUACUUCUCUUGCAACCCCAUCUAUUAAUAUAUUAAACAACCACGGUGACUUCACACAUCCUUGUCUAAGGCCUACUUUUACUGGGAAAUAAUUUCCCUCUUUCCUGUAUGUAAAUCUAUAUUUAAUCUUUAAAAAGAUAUUUUUUUGUUAAUACUUUUGGGUCCAUUAUUUCUUAUGGGGAAAAUGGUUUUGCCAGUCGUGAAUUUUGCCUUUCAGCAGACUCUCUGGAAUGUAUUAAUCACGAAACUUGGGGCUCCACUGUAUUUUGAGUAUGCCAUGGCAAAUACAAUCAUAUCUCCACAAUCAAAACUACACUGAUGGAAAGAGACAACUGUAGUUGUAAUGUAUUUGUUUUUUGCAAAAAUAAUGCUUACGUCUCAUGUUUAUAAGCAUAAUAUAAAAUCAUAUGAGUCUACAGAUCAGUUAAUUUCUACCCCCGGCCUUCAGUGAAAUCAUCCCAGUGAACUGAUUUAUCUACUGUCAUGUAUGUUGCACUUCUCUGACAAAACCAGUGUAGACAGCCUGCACUGCCUGCACAGACAGCCUGUGCUGUCUGCCAGCCUAGUUCAUAUUUUGUGGCACUCAGGUGCUGCCCUCUCUAGGCCUGCCCAGAUCAGUGGGACGCUGGUCCCACUCGCUCUCACUCAGCGGCCUAGAAUCAGACAACAAAUCCUACUCCUCUUUCCCUCGUGGGCAUGUCCCUCCCGGGCCAUGGGCACAAAUGCACAAGCCUGUGUACCCACCAUGACUUUGCAAAUAAAAUAAGAAGCCUCCGAGGCCUUUAUCAUUACUCCCAGCUACCAAGUUUCAUAUCGUUCACAUUGGUGGGAAGCGGUGGUCGCAGCAAGUGUGUUUGCCCAGAGAGAGGAAGGAAGAAGGAAUGAAGCUUGUGUUCACUGCAUCACCCUACACAACAAGCAUCCAUCUCUCAACAAGUUAUCCUGAUGCCAUGUCUGCACGUUUCAGCAUUCAGACAGGUACAAGCGGGAUCUACCUGAAAUUUUCCUCUUCAAGGGGGGCUCCUUGGCGUGGUGAAGAGGCUCUUGGUCUGAGGAAUUAGACCUGUCAGUCUCCUUCCUCAGAUCGAACCUAAUUACCCCCCAAUCCCCCCUUCCCUAUCCCAUCCUCCCCUUUUCCCUUUCCUCCUCCCCCUCCCCACCCAUCCUUUUUGCCCUUCCUCUUUUUGGCCUUUGGGAUUUUUCCCACAGGCACGCUAGUUCCUAGGUAGGGGAAAGGGUACCAGGGUCCAUCCCAUUCUGUUGAGGCUCUUGGCAGUGGUGUAGUUUGCCGUGGAAUCUGGAUCACCUGGGGAUGUCCCGAUCCCUCUCCAGUAUCCUGGAGAGUGGCUUUGGGUGUCUUUUGGGCGACGAGUGUAUCUCUGGAAGCCACCUUUCAGAUUCCAGGGGCGGUGGCCAAAGGAGGUAUGCUUUGUGGCAGAUAUCCGGCCGCCCUCUCUUUUGUCCAUCGAGGUAGCUCGGCAGAUGUGAGGUUGCUAUCCCAGAUUGCUGGUUUACUGGCAUGAUGGGUAGGAUAGGGUAUGGCACGGGUUCCAUGCUGCAUCUAUGCUACUUGUGGUGCUGAGUUCCUCUUGGGCACAGAGGGAGAUUUCUGGCCCUUUCAUUCCUCCUAGGAACUAUCCCUCCCCGGUCCCCCCUUUUUUUACUGCUUUUUUUCCUUUUUAUUUUCCUUUCUUCUUUUCCUUAAAAACAAAAAGAAAGAAGUAACCUAACCAUGGAGAACCCAAUCCAUGAACCUGCUACCCCCAGGCCCCUUCUUGAUACCGCACCCAGUUCUGACCGUGCCUCAUCUUUGGACCACUCUUCGGACACUCCUCGUGCCUCUGUACCUCUUGCCGGUGCUGUUUCCUCACCCGCUUCAGGUACUGAGGUCUCGACUGACUCCUUUGAUUUAUCUGACCUCCGCUCUCCUUUGACUAUGCUUCUGGUCUCUCCCUCUAUGGUGCGGCAAUUUUUGAAUUGCCAGCCCGUUCCACGUCGGACCAAUUCUGGUCCCACGCCUAAACACAAAUGGCAAUUACCUGCUGAUGAUACUUCUCCACCUUCUCGUUCUUCUCAGAAAAGAUCAACACAUCCUGCACUCCCUUUCCACUCAGUUUCAGACUGCACAAUGGACUAAAUUCUUCACUUUACGACCAACUUCCUCUACCGCCUAUCUUUCCGACCACAGUAUUGGCAAGGCACUCCUAUGCCAUGUUGGUAAAGAUAUUUCUUUUCAUGCUCUUAAGAGUGGUAUGCACAUCAUCACUGUACAGAAUGCUACCCAAGCUCAUAAUCUUUCUAUUCUUACACUUAUCAAUACUAUUCCUAUUACUAUCGAAAAACAUCAUUUCCUCAAUUCUUGUAGUGGUACCGUCAUUCUCCCCCAUACCAUAGUCCAACAGAAUUUCCAGACAUGUGGCAAUGACAUUCUCGAACAGCUGGAACUCCAAGAUCUCCCAAUUAUCAUGGUAGACACUUACGUCCUUCCUGCCUGCAGGCGGAGACGUUACCCUUACCAACUUCCUCUACUGCCUAUCUUUCCGACCAUAGUAUUGGCAAAGUGCUCCUAUGCCAUGUUGGUAGAGAUAUUUCCUUUCAUGCUCUUAAGAGUGGUACGGGUAUCAUCACAGUCCAGAAUGCUACCCAAGCUCAUGAUCUUUCUCUUCUUUCCCAUAUAGACAGGGCCGGAUUGCCGCAUAGGCAAACUAGGCAUUUGCCUAGAGCCCCGCGCAUUUGGGGGCCCCGGGGUCCAAGGGGUUCAGGGGCUCAUCCAAGACUGCACACAUGGUACAAGUACAAAGGGGUCCCUACCUAAAAAGUUCAAGUGUUUGGAGAGUAAAAUUGAUUUUUAAAAAUUAAUCAAAACAAAAAUAAUGAAAUAAAAUAAAAUAAAAAUAAAUAAACCUAACUAUAGAUGGCAACACUCAACACGCCUUUGUUUACAUCAGAACAGCUGUGUUUUCCCGCUAAUGGGUGAGUAUGGGAGAUUCCUCUCCAAUUUUCUGUAGUAAUUACACGUUAUCUAGACUUGAACUGUGACAAAUUAACUGAAGUGUUGUUGAUAGACAUUGAUGUGUAUGGAUAAAUGUUUGUUUUUGCCUCUAAAUUUUAAGGGAUGAAGCUUUUGAAAUGUUUGAAGAGAAAGCUAAACUGCUGGUGAAAGACUACAGUUACCGGGCUGAUCAUCAGCGGUCAAGGAAGAGGAAACGCAAUUUUGAAGAGCCAGACAAUGAAAUUGUGUUGCUACCAAGGCAGAAAUGUAAGACAGCUACAUACUUCGUCAUUCUGGAUUCACUGAUUACAGAAUUGGUGAAAAGAAAAGAAAUCUACCAGAAUCUCAAUGACAAGUUUGGAUUUCUGUUCAAAAUUACUACUAUGCCAGAUGCAGAAUUGAGAGAAGCUGCAUAAAAGUUGCAAUGACAACUUUCAGCAGAUGUUCAGGACACAUUUGUUGAAGAAAUAGUUAAUUUUUCUGGGUAUAUGAAUCAGAUUAAAGCUUCACCUGAAAAAUGUGCGCCCUCAGCUGCUUUGAAACAUUUAAGAAAUGCAGGUAUCUCAGAAACCUUCCCUAAUGUUGACAUAGUGUAUCGCCUUUACCUAACACUUCCAGCUACUAACUGUGAAGGAGAACGUUCAUUUUCUGUUUUGAAAAGAGUGAAAGACCAGCUCCGUUCAACAAUGAGCCAAGACAAAUUGUGUAACCUAGCCUUGUUGACCAUUGAGUGAUCUAACCAGAAAUAUUUAUUUUCAGAAUAUAAUUGAUGAUUUUGCCAAUAUGAAAUCCAGAAAAAAGUUUAUUUAAGAAGUGCCUGUGAAUAUAAACAAUUCUUUAUUUUCUUGAGUUUAUAUGAUUUGAUAGUCUUAUGCAUGAUGCAUUGAUAACAAUAAUGGUCAGUGAUUUAUAAAGGAAUAAUAGUGCUGUAGUGGUUAUGCUGAAUAUAAUAGGUACAUGAUGUCACUACUUUAAUAGCCUAAUCUAGUAAUACUAUUGAGUUUAUUCUCUUUAAAAUGCAUGAUUUAACAAGAUAGUUAUAAUGGCUGUUGGUGAAUGGUUUGGGUUGUCUUGAUGUACUUUCCUAUUAAAUUUAAUCUAAAUA